AUGGUGAUCACCAAUGCUAAUGGGUCCAAUGCUAACAUGGAGACGUUGAAAUCUGAGCUCCGGCAACUAAAGAAAGCUCUGGCAUGCCAGGAAAAGAAGAUCCGAGAGCUCACGACCCGGCUGGAGACUGAGACCGAAGACAAGAUCUUUCUAUCACACCAGAAUAAAUAUCUCUCCGCCGAGAAUAAGAAGAUGCAGACCCGGCGUCCGGGGAAGAAAAGAGAGCCGGACAACCUGAGAGACGCCAACGAGCAGCUUCCUCGGGCAGAGAAACCGUUACCUGCUGUUGAAGCGACGGACGCUCAGAACGUGUGCACGGCUCAGCAUCAGUGUCUGCAGGAGGAGAACCAGCUGCAGCUGGAGGCCAGAGACAACAGGAUCCAAACCCUGGAGAAGCUGAUCCAGAUCAGCGAGGCCAAGCUGCAGGAGAAGACUCAGCAGCUGGCCCAGUGUCUGGAGGAGGCGGAGCAGCAGACCCACGACUUUAAAGAGAUCCUGAAGCAUACAGAGGAAGACGAGGUGAAGAAGAUCCACGAGAUCAAACUCAGGACUGAGAAGAAAGUGCAAACAGAGAAAGAGGCAAACAUCAAACUGAAGGCGGAGAUGACCAUCAUGACUCGAAGGUUCUCAAAGUUUCAGAAGCAUUCUGAUGAGAAGGGCACCGAGAUGUUCCAGUUGAAGCAGGAGAAGCAGCAGCUGAUGGGUUUGUCCCGCUCACAGCAGAGUGAGAUCGAGGACCUGAAGGAGCAGAACGCAAAGACCAGCCAGGAGAAGGAUGGAGAGAUCUUAUGCUUGAAUCAGAAGAACCAAGAACUGGAGGGUUUGAGGUUUAUUCAUGAUCUGAAGUUCAGCGAGUUGAAGAAGCAGUUCGAGCCUCAACAAGAGGAGAUCAGGGAGAAGAGGGAGAGCAUCGGACAGCUGCAGGAGAAGCUGCGGCUCACGGGCAACAACUGCAACACUCUGACCCUGAUCACCUCCGACCUGAGGCUCAAGCUCAAAGCAGAAGGGACAGAGCUGCACAAUGAGAUCCAGAAAAUGAAAAAUCUGGAGACACACCUUCAGCGGCUCAAGGCAGACCUCCAUAACUGUGUGGACUUCAUCCAAGAGCCCAAGAAGCUGAAGGACAGCCUGCUGAGGAUCUACGCCCGCUACGUGUCACAGACUGAAAGGCAGGAGAUCAGCAACGUGGACAGAGAUGCUCACCGGGCCGUGUACCGCCAGCGGGACUGUCUGGAGAGGACCAUCAACAGUCUCAAGAUGAAGCUGGCCAACUCUGCUGAGGAACAUCAGAAGAUCUACACCAGGAUCAACAAGGAGAACGUCUCUAUGAUUAAAGAAAUCAACGAGCUGCACACAGAGCUGCGUUUGUUGAGGAUUCAGGUUAAAGAUGUGAAAACUCAGCUGAGCCUGACCAAGAAGUCCAACUACAUCAUGUCCCACACGGCUGCAGGUCGGAUGAGUGCGAUCUUCUCCUGUGGAGACGUGGACGCCUUCCGCUACGUCCACGUCUCCACAGCAGCUGGAGACGGACCCGACGUAGACUCACAAUAA